AUGAAGAAAGUCAACUUUGUGUCUGCUGAAGAGAUGGAACCAGUCCAAGAAGGGGAGGAUACACAAUUUGCUGAGGUGUGCUACAUGAGCAAUGGGCAAGGAGGUUACAACAAAGGAUACUAUAAUUACAAGUCCAACCCUGCCAUGUCAUACCGCAACACUGAUGUUGCUAACCCUCAGGACCAAGUCUAUCCUCAACAACAAGCAGCUCGAUCGAGUCAAGCCCCACAACAUGGGUAUGGUCAAAAGAACAAUUACCAAGGACCCAAGGGACUUUCCCUGGACAACAAAUGA